CAAAACCAAUCUCGCGUUCCCGGAAAACCAAAUGCAUCGAAGAAGUCCUGCAAGAGCCUUUGUUUUUGCUAUGCCAUGGCGUCACCGUCCAAUCCUUCUAGUGGCGAGGUCGCUGUGACGAGACAAAACAAAGGCCCUCCAUUGAAGUUCUUGGUACCCCUUAUGUACGCUCCUAUUCUUCCACUCAUAAGAAUCGCAUUUCGGAAGAAUCCAGUCUUGAGGGAUCGAUUGUUCAUUGGUGUCUUGGCGGGCGGUUUUCUUCAUGGGUCUUACUUGGUAACCGACUUGUAUGACAUCGAGAGCAAGUGAACAUGAUGAGAGCGGAAAGAGGAAUCCAUUUGUUGACAGUCUUCUACAACUUUUUGCUUUAGAUAUGCUACCAUAUUAAUUCUCUUUGGGUUUUCCCCAUGAUGGGAAGGUUCGGUUGCUGGUAACAGACUUAUUUUAAUACUAUUUGGGCAUUUAUUGCGGGAUAUUACUUCGUCUGCUGUUUGUUUGAGAUGCAGUUUGGGGGAGGCUCAAACAAUUAUAUAUAAUGACAAAUUUUGAAAAACUGCUAUUGGCAAGUUAAA